CAGUUUAAUAGGGGCGGUCAAAGGGGGGCUGGCCUCUGCCCGCCAGGCUCAGCUCCCAAUAAAUACAAAUUCAGCCCCAGAGCCGGACGCGUCGCCUUGGAGUGGGAUACUCGGACCUGCACGAGGGGCUUGUUGGCACCGCGAGCGCUGGAUUAAGAAAAAGAAGAAGAAAAAAAAAAACGGGCAUCAUUCGGGUCUUUCUUCAUGGGGCCACCUCUUGUUCAACGCCAUUAGAGUUUCGGGAUUAUUGCCCCUCUAUAAUUUCAGAAACCCGCCUUCAUUUGCGGGGGCCCACCGUGAACGCGCGCGGUCUUGUCGGACGUUUCAGUGCACUUGUGACAGCUGGGGUCCGAAACCCACCGCCACAUUCGGGAUAUUUCGUUAGAAAAGGGGAAGUUUGGGGCCCUCCUGCUGCUCGUUCAGACUGUCGAGGACUUGAGCGCCUCUGGAUUUACGGCGGAUGUUCAGGUAGAGCUGCGCGUUUUUGCUGACCGUUAUUAUUAUUACGCUGCCGUUUCACGAGUGAAGGUGGUCGUCCAAAUCUUGUUUUCUUCCUUUCCUCGUUAACUUCUCGGACUCUUACUUAUGAUUCAUUUUUUUUAUUAUUGAUGGGCUCCUCACCCAACAUGAGCUAAGGACCCCCGCACUGGGUGCUCUUAAGCCGUGGGGGUCUUCUGUCGGACUUAGCGACCCUAACGCCAAGUCCGUCCUGCUCCUGUCGCGCUCCUGUGACAUUCCAGCCACCUUUGUGUCACUUCUGUUAAGUCCCCUCACUUGGCUCCGUGUCGCGUUUUGUUCUCCUGCACUCCCACUUUCUUAAUCGUGACGAUUGUCUUUUGAUUCGAUAUUUUUAAGUUCGUUUAUGGCUCCGCGUAUUUCCAUUUCUCUGUCGAUCUCUAGAUGACGGCUUCUUGUUGUUAUUUCAGCCAUUUCGUGGAUUUCUUUUCGUUUUUCUCUUCCUUUCCCUCUCAGCUGCCCUGCUAGCCUUCUCCACUCCUAUGUCAGCUCCUUCUAAUCUGCCGGCACUUUUCGCCUUAAUCGAUUUAGUGUUCGGUGUUUCCGCUCGUCGCCCCCCUUCCCGAUUUCCUUCAUGUCUUCCCAAGCCCCCACGUAGUCCCCUUUCCUGCGGCCGCAGGAGGAAUGAGAAGAGCCGCCGCUGACGGAGCCCCGUGCCGGAAGGUCCGAGUCCCCACGCCAUGACACGGCGGGCUUUGGUGGGUCACGCUGGCGCCCCCGCGCUGCUGCUGCUGCUCCUCUGCUGGCCCAGGCAGGAGCCUGUGGCGUGGGGUGCCAGUCUCACAGGUGCCAAGGCCGGGCACCCGGGGGUUUGCCCCAACCAGCUGAACUCCAAUUUGUGGGUAGAUGCGCAGAGCACCUGUGAGAGGGAGUGCCUGGUGGACCAGGACUGUGCCGGGAUGGAGAAGUGCUGCACAAACGUGUGUGGACUGAAGAGCUGUGUGGCAGCCCGCUUCUCGGAAAGCCCUCCUGGUAAGCCCGAUCAUCAGAAAGCUGGAGGAAGCCUCGGCAACACGGGAGCCUCUUGGGGGUCCGUAAGUUGCCACAGUUUUAUGUGCAGUCAGCAGGGCUCCACUUGUGACAUCUGGGAAGGUCAGCCCAUCUGCAAGUGCCGGGACCGUUGCGAGAAGGAGCCCAGCUUCACCUGCGCCUCUGAUGGUCUCACAUACUUCAACCGCUGCUACAUGGACGCCGAGGCCUGCAUCCGUGGGGUUACGCUAACGGUGGUCACCUGUCGCUAUCACCUCUCCUGGCCCCACACCAGUCCCCUGCCCUUGGACACCACCACCAACCCUACUCCCACCACCUUCCACGAGGAUCCUUUCCCUCCUGCCCUUUACCACAAUCCCACCCAUCAGUCUGUCUACCUGGGGGGCACAGUCAGCUUCCACUGUGACGUGGUGGGCAGUCCCAAACCAGACAUUACCUGGGAGAAGCAAACGGACCGCCGAGAGAGCCUUAUUAUGAGGCCUGACCAAAUGUAUGGCAACCAGGUGGUCACCAACAUCGGCCAACUUGUCAUUUACAAUGCCCAGACGGGGGACUCGGGCAUCUACACCUGCACGGCGCGCAAUGUGGCCGGAAUCCUCCGUGCCGACUUCCCUUUGUCUGUCAUUCGCCGCACAGAAGAGGAGGAGAGCUUUGAGGACAGCCUGGCAGGGGAAAUGAGGCGACCUUUCGCUCCUGGAGACUGCAUGGCCGAGGUGGACAGACGUGUCUGUGGAGAGCGGCAUGUGGACUGGUACUACGACUCCAAGAGAGCCGGCUGUUUGACUUUUCAUUUUGGGGGCUGCAAUGGAAGUAGAAAUCACUUUGAGACCUAUGAGGAAUGCCACGCCACCUGCCAUCGCAAUGGCAUGAACAUCUGUAAUCUGCCCGCCGUUCAGGGACCCUGCAAAUCCUGGGAGGCCCGCUGGGCAUACAACUCCCUCAUGAAGCAGUGCCAAGCCUUUGUUUAUGGGGGCUGCCAGGGAAAUGACAACAACUUUCGCAGCCGAGAGGAGUGUGAAGAUAACUGCCCUCUGCCCAAAGGUCGGCCCUGCAAGCCCUGCCGGCCAAAGGCCAAGAUGGUGCCAAGCUUGUGUCGCAGUGACUUUGCCAUUGUUGGCCGAGUGACGGAAGUCAUUGAGGAUCAGGACACGGGCAUUGCCCGCUUCCGGCUAGAAGAGAUUCUACGCGAUGAGAAGAUGGGCUUAGCCUUCUUUAACACUCGCCACUUGGAGGUAACUUUGGCCAAAGUGGACUGGAGAUGCCCGUGUCCCAAUGUAACUGUGGAGGAAAGCCCCUUAAUUGUGAUGGGCGAUGUCCAGGAUGGCAUGGCCAUACUUCAGCCGGACAGCUAUGUGCGACCGGUCAACGACAAACGGCUGAAGAAGAUUCACGAGGUUCUGGAAAAGAAGACGUGCGAGUUACUGCAGAGAUUUCAGGAUUAACAAGACGGAGGGCAUGCAUGUGUGAGCUCUGGCGACACGGACUGCUGGGCAUUUAAUGACUACGGAAGAAAAUCUGCAAAAAUCUGCAUAGGCACCUUAGCCUUUAGCUAUGCCAGUGUGGCGUUCGGGACCAUCCUACCGGGACAGGCCUUUUACGUCAAAGCUAAGCCAACGAUUUCAUCAUAAGUGGCUACGCUUGAUCUAAUUACGAGGUAAAGGCUGCCCAUGGACUGUUGGGAAGCGGGCGAGUGGCACUGAGGUGGCACAUCUAUUGUGACCGACUCCCCCAGACAGCCUACUGAUCUACUAAGGUGAUAGGCAGGCUGUGUAGUUAAUAAAGUCCCUGUACAGUCUGUGCCAUCCAAACACUCCAAAAUGUUGCAAAUGUACUUAGGCUGAGAAAUAAAAAUGGUUUUCAAGUACAAAUCCUAUUUAAUGUUCGUAACUCACUGAGCCGUCUCUUUAACUCUUUGAGGGCUGAAUAUCUUUUCUGAAAAGCACCCAAUGCAUUGGCUUCACACAUAAAUCAACAUAAAACAUCUGUUGCUACGCGCUGUGGCUGCUGUUGGCACCUGCUUGGCAUCUCUGGCAGCAGGGGCAGCUCGAUGGGCAGCAUUAAUUCACGGUGAGCCGGCUACCUCUCUGUCUUCGCACAGCAGUCGCGGAGUGACGCACUAUGGUUUGUACCGCGGGUCAUCAUCAGUGGAGGUCCUCCGAGGCGAACGCUGCUGUAGGCAUACCAGCUACACGCACGCGUUCAGCACCACCAUCAGCUGGGCACCGACAGAUCACUGGCAUCAAACUCGGAGUCCGUAAAACGUCCAUGGAGAAUUUUGCUUUCGUCUUGCCAGACAUCGAUGCCAUUUUAGAGGCCGUUUGCUCUUCACUUCUCGCGCACACGCAGCGACUCGAGGUCAAGUUAACAAAGCUAUGGGAUUCUCCUUCAAGCAAAGAGAGUUGAGCUAAAACGGAAGGGCGAGUUGGGUACGCAGUUCAUAGCCGAUUACCCUCCUCUACCCCUGAAUUUCGACAAAAUACAAUACAAUACCAUUUAAUUUUGUAUAGGAGCCC